AGGUCUCAUGGUACCCAGUGACGUGUCCCCCCUGUGAGAUUCACGCCCCCCCAACCUUCUGAGAAGAUGUCAGGGAUGCAGGCCGUUUGGCCGUCCGGUACAGAAUGUAUCGCCAAAUACAACUUCCACGGUACCGCCGAGCAGGACCUGCCCUUCAGCAAAGGAGACGUCCUCACCAUCGUCGCUGUCACGAAGGAUCCCAACUGGUACAAGGCAAAGAACAAGGUGGGCCGGGAGGGCAUCAUCCCCGCUAACUACGUGCAGAAGCGGGAAGGAGUGAAAGCUGGGAUCAAACUCAGCCUCAUGCCGUGGUUCCAUGGGAAGAUCACACGGGAGCAGGCGGAGCGGCUGCUGUACCCCCCCGAGACGGGGCUUUUCCUGGUGCGGGAGAGUACCAACUACCCCGGGGACUACACGCUGUGCGUCAGCUGCGAGGGCAAGGUGGAGCACUACCGCAUCAUCUACUCCUCCAGCAAGCUCAGCAUUGAUGAGGAGGUCUACUUCGAGAACCUCAUGCAGCUGGUGGAG